CCGCAACUUCCCGGGGACAACGGACUCUUCCCUCUUAGACUAGUAGUUUAGGGACCGUGGCACCCGAGAAGCAACCGGGCCCUGCCUGUGACAUUAGGGUCUCGCUGGCAACCCUGGGACAACCGGGCACUUUCCAGGGGCAACCGGGCCUUCCCGCUUUAGGGUUACACCACUGCGAGUGACAACCGAGCAAGUCCUUUUGGUUUUAGUGUGUGCCCGGGGCUUCCACAAAUUCGAACCUUUUCAAUGACCUUUUCUUCGGAUGGCGCAGCUAGAAUACGAGCGAUUUGAUCAAAACUCGACCGGCUAUUUCGAGCAAUUUGCUCAAAAACCGGCCGGCACUUUUGAGCAUUUUGUCCAAACCGACCGGCUGGUGUUUUGAGAGGUUUUCUCAAAACGGGCGUGAGACUGGCCCGGGCUUGGCGAAGGAAGAAGGAAGAAGCUCUGAAACCCUAAUCGGAAGGCCGGGGCAGGCAUGUUGAUUGAGCUGACAUCAGACCCCCUCCCAAAUGAGUCAGCACAACCAAGAAAGGCCGCCGCGCACAUCUUCCUGAAUCUUGGCAGGCUUUCAAUUGCUGUAGAAGAGGGCAUCUGCUGCUCCUGCUUGUGCUGCUCCCCUCCUUCCGCUAUUACACUGACAGAAGCUCGCUUCAAGGUGCACAUUUGGGCUAUUCUGACUGCAGGCGUUUUUUGAGCUUGGAAGAAAAUAACGCUGUAUUCAGAAUCAACCUCAAAGCUGAAAAGAAGGCAUCUCAGAACCCGGAGACGCAAAGUACCUAGGAUCCUCUAGCAGAGUCCAAAAACUCGAGGUGGCCAGCAAUGGCAGCAUCUCUGAUCGCCGCCAGGGCAGCAGAGCUCCAGUUGGGCGUUGCAAGGUGCAACAGGGGGGAGAGCGUUGCACAAUUGAGACAGACGCUGAAGCCCCUGCCCUCUUUGUCAAGUCUGCGUCCACAACUGCCUGCCAGAACAUUUGUCUUUCACAGUGAAAUUGCAAAGAAAAGGUGUGGAAAUCCUGGAGUUAGAGCGGCUGAGGGCAAUGGAGCUGCAAAUGGGGCUGGAAAUGGCAAACCAAAGAUUGCAACAUUGAAAGAUGGGAAGGCAGUUGACGGGCCUGAUCUUUCUGUAAAAGUGAAUGGGAUCACAUUUCCAAACCCCUUUGUGAUUGGCUCUGGUCCUCCGGGUACGAACUACCAGGUGAUGAAAAAGGCGUUUGACGAGGGCUGGGGGGGAGUCAUCUGCAAGACGCUGUCCCUGGACAGCAGCAAAGUGAUCAAUGUGACCCCGCGGUACGCCAAGCUGAAGGCCCAGGGUGGCAAGGAGGUGAUUGGCUGGCAAAACAUCGAGCUCAUCUCCGACCGGCCGUUUGAGACCAUGCUGGCUGAGCUAAAGCAGCUGAAAGAGGAGUAUCCCGACAGGGUCCUGAUCGCCUCCAUCAUGGAGGAGUACAACCGCGGCGCCUGGGAAGAGAUCAUCGAGCGCUGCGAAUCGGUCGGCGUGGACGCGUUCGAGAUCAACUUCUCUUGCCCUCACGGGAUGCCCGAGCGCAAGAUGGGUGCGGCCAUGGGACAGGAUCCAGAGCUGCUGACGGAGGUGUGCGGCUGGAUCAACGCCAAAGCGACGGUCCCUGUGUGGGCCAAGAUGACGCCCAACAUCACCGACAUCACCGUGCCGUCGCGCGCCGCGCUCGCCCAGGGCUGCGAGGGCGUGGCCGCGAUCAACACCAUCAUGAGCGUCAUGGGCAUCAACCUGAAGACCCUCGCUCCGGAACCGUGCGUCGAGGGCUACUCCACCCCCGGCGGCUACUCGUCCAAGGCGGUGCGCCCGAUCGCGCUCGCGCGGUGCAUGAACAUCUCCAAGAUGAUCGAGCGCGACUUCCCGGGGCAAGGGAAGACGCUGUCCGGGAUCGGGGGCGUGGAGACGGGGGAGAACGCGGCCGAGUUCAUCCUGCUGGGGGCGAGCACGGUGCAGGUGUGCACGGGCGUGAUGCUGCACGGGUACCCCCUGGUGAAGGAGCUGUGCGGAGGGCUCCAGGAGUUCAUGAAGCAGCACAACUUCUCCAGCAUCGAGCAGUUCCGUGGGCACAGUCUGCAAUACUUCACUACCCAUACGGAUCUGGUGAGGCGCCAAAAGGAGGCCAUUGCUGCAAAGAAGGCCGCCCGAGUUGGCCUGGCCAAUGACAAGGAUUGGACCGGAGAGGGGUUUGUCAAGGAAACAGAAUCGAUGGUCUCAAACUCGUAAUUUGGACGCUGUGUAUGAAGACAGGCUAAGCUUUGAGAUCCGCAUACCCUCAGCCGUUGUAUAGGAGCAAGCUGCAAAAGAGAGGUGUAUGCCAUCCUUACAAUGUACAUAGGGUUUAUGACUUUAUCUAGUACGUGUACAUAAGAUGUGCGAUCACGAAGCGUUAGGCGUAGUUGUGUUGUACACCGAAGAUUAUGGUAGACCCGGAUAGAUCAAUCGCAGGGAGCAAAAGCCAUAACCUGACGACCUUCAGAAGAAGUUGCAUGCAGGACCGUAUGAAGGAUAACAGUCCUCAACAAAUGCGGUACAGUGUACUGUAUUCCAGUCAAGGCCUGACUGGUUAAUCAUACAUUAGCGUAGUCCUCAUCCUAGAGGCUUGUGUAUAGCUGUCAUGGCGGCAUGCAGUAGGUCAUGAUUAUUUUUAGGGCGUUUGGGCACGGCGGCCAACGUUCAGUGGCGCGCGCAGACUCAAUCAAGCCAAGAUGGACACUUCUCUUAAAGCCCGUG